AUGGAUCACGAGAACGGUAACAGUGCUUUGGCGUAUAAUUUGGUUCAAUCAUCAGAUGACGACGUUGGCAGACACCUCGUUGCAUCUCGAGAUCUCAAUCCAGGAGACAUAGUACUGACAGAAAGACCACUAGUGUUUGGACCCAAAGCCAUGCUGGACCCAGAAGUCGCUAUGCCCUGUGCUGGAUGUUACCAACCUGUCUUUACUGAAUCAGGAGAAAGAUGUACCAUGUGCGGCUGGCCCGUUUGCUCAGGCAACUGUCCAGGUCUAAAGGAUCCAAGACAUCAUGGAGCUGAAUGUAAAAUCCUCAGCUUAAGACCCGAAUGUGUUUUAAAAAACAUGGCCGAUUACUACAGGGAGGCCAACGAAUUCAUCGUCGAAUAUCUAAUUAACAACUUUAUAAACAAGAUGGAUGAAAAAUUAAGAAAAUCGUAUGAAAUAACUUCGGAAUUACUUCAUAGAAUUUGUGGAAUUAUCGACACGAAUGCUUUGGAGAUUCGUCUGCCGCAAGGAACUGAACUUAGCGCUUUGUACGCUGUAACUUGUAAGAUGGAACAUAGUUGCAUGCCUAACACGAAGCAUACAUCUUUUGCAUUUAAUCCUAAAGAUAGGAAAGACUUAUACGAAAUAACAAUCAAAGCUGUUGUCCCCAUAAUAAAAAACUAUCACAUAGCUACAAUGUAUAGUCAUGCAUUAUGGGGAACGCAAGCAAGGAGACAACACUUGAAAGACUCAAAAUAUUUUGCUUGCAAAUGUCCAAGAUGUAGCGAUCCUACUGAACUUGGCACUUAUCUAAGUGCUAUGAAAUGUUUAGGUGAUGAAAAUAAACCUUGUGAUGGUAUUCAUUUACCAGAAGAUCCUUUGGAUGAUGAAACUGAUUGGGUUUGUAGUAAAUGUCCAGUUAGAGUGAGCAGUUCUCAAGUGAAUAUGAUUAUGUCUCAAAUGGGGGAAGAUGUUGAAGCAGUUCUGAUGAUGGAUGGCUCCGUGACGAUACUAGAGAAUCUGCUUUGUAGAUUGACAAUGUUCCUACAUCCUAAUCAUUACUACAUGUAUUCAUUGAAGCAUUCUCUAGUACAAUUAUACGGAAGAGAACAAGGCUAUACGUCGAUGGAUAUUCUUGAUAAGAAAAUCAAAAUGUGUAGAGAACUAAUUUCUGUUACAAAGGCUUUGGAUCCAGGCAAUGCUAGGCUGAGUUUGUAUAACACUGUUCUGCAGCAUGAGCUACAUUCAGCAUUGGUUAUGAAGUGUAAAAAUAUGGUUGUUUCAAAGACAGAAGAUAUUAAACCCUUGCUGGUUGAAGCUAAAUUGGCUAUAGAAGAUGCCUUGAAAUCGGUCAAAGAUGAUUUGGAAGAAGUUUCUGGAAAAAGACUACAGUCCGUACUAGAUGACAGUAGAAGGGAAUUUGAUAAGUUUUGUAAACAAAAGAAAAUAGUAGUUUGA